AACGCGCAUACUUUUGACGCGAAAAAAAAAACAGAGCAGAAAAAAAAAGGCAAAAUUCCGUGAGGAAAAGGGGGGGUUCUUAGUUGGAAGGCAUAACACGGGUCUCUUGUGAGUUGCCUAGUGUCUCUCAAGCGCUGUUCUCUUGGUGAUCUCUCCCUUUCUGCCCCUUGCGCUGUGGUUUGUAUUUGAGCCACGAGAUCCUCCAGCGCAAAAAGAAGAACAGGAGCAAGUACAAAAAAAAGGUAUUCAAGAUGGUUCUCACAAUGACCUCCGAGGCGGAUUCCAGCCUCCAGUCCACGUUUGCUUCUCGCUACUCGCAAUCGUCGGUAUCAAAGUACCGCAUUCCCGACCAAGAGACGCCCAAGGAUGCCGCUUAUCAGAUUAUCUCGGACGAGCUCAUGCUGGAUGGAAAUCCUCGUCUCAAUCUCGCCUCCUUCGUCACCACUUGGAUGGAGCCCGAGUGUGAUAAGCUCGUCAUGGCCUCGCUCAACAAGAAUUACAUCGAUAUGGACGAGUAUCCGGUGACCACAGAGCUCCAGGAUCGAUGCGUGAACAUGAUCGCUCGGCUGUUCAAUGCUCCAGUGGGAGACUCGGAGCAAGCAAUUGGAGCUGGAACUAUUGGUUCUUCCGAGGCGAUAAUGCUGGCUGGCUUAGCUCUCAAGCGAAAGUGGCAAAACAAGAGGAAGGCCGAAGGAAAGCCAUGGGAUAAGCCAAACAUUGUCACUGGAUCAAACGUCCAGGUUUGCUGGGAGAAGUUCGCUCGCUACUUUGAAGUGGAGCUCAAGGAAGUGAAGCUGAGCAAGGAUUACUACGUGAUGGAUCCACACAAGGCGGUGGAGAUGGUGGACGAGAACACCAUUUGCAUUGCAGCCAUCCUUGGUUCCACUUACAACGGAGAGUUCGAAGACGUGAAGCUCCUCAACGAGCUCUUGGAAAAAAAGAACAAAGAAACUGGAUGGGAUACUCCUAUCCACGUUGAUGCUGCCAGUGGAGGAUUCAUCGCUCCAUUCCUCUAUCCAGAUUUGGAGUGGGAUUUUCGAUUGCCUCUUGUCAAGAGCAUCAAUGUGAGUGGCCACAAGUAUGGAUUGGUGUACGCUGGGAUUGGCUGGGUUAUCUGGAGAGGCAAGGAAGAUCUUCCGGAAGAGCUCGUCUUCCACAUCAAUUAUCUUGGAGCCGACCAGCCAACUUUCACUCUCAAUUUUUCCAAAGGUGCUAGUCAGAUUAUAGCUCAGUAUUACCAGCUCAUUCGUCUCGGCUUCAGGGGAUACAAGUCUAUCAUGCAAAACUGCCAAGCCAAUGCUAAAAUCCUGGCUGAUGCUCUCGUUGCCACUGGCCGCUUCGUCAUUCUCUCCAAGGAAAUUGGAGUUCCAGUGGUAGCGUUCUCGCUCAAAGACCGCAAGAACCACGACGAGUACGAGAUUGCUGACCAUCUCCGCCGCUACGGCUGGAUCGUUCCUGCUUACACCAUGGCUCCGGAUGCCCAGGAUGUUACGCUGCUCCGAGUCGUUGUCCGGGAGGACUUCAGCAGGACUCUGGCCGAUCGUCUCGUCUCCGACAUUGUUGCGGUGUUCAAGUACCUGGACGCUCAUCCCCCUCGGCUAAUCCAGGCUGUAACCGAAGCUUUAGCCAAGGAUCCGGAGAUCAAGAAAGAGCUCUUAGAUGCCGAACCGGGGGAGGUGAAGGCCCAGCUGGAUCUACGAAAGGCUUCCGUGUUUGAGGACAUUCGCAACUCGCAGCGAGCUUUCAAGGUCUGGAAGAAGUUCGCGCUAAGCAAAACAAAUGGUGUCUGCUGAGACUGGUGACUCUCGAAGUGCACAUCCUAUAUAUUUAAACCUGUGGCAAAGAAACCAUUCAUUGGUAUUGAAUCAACUAUAUAGAUAUAAACACGCACCUGAUGGAGGAUGGUCUCUCAGCUCCAAUUCUUCUGAGGCU